AGAUGAGCUGUGAAGUUUUGGAAGAAAAGUUGGGAAAGAUCCAUGAUCUCAGUAAUCCACUUUGGCAUUGCGACUGCUACUCGAACCUAACUUAUAACUGCAUUUCUCCUCCACCUGGGAAAUGUGUUCUUGACAGAACUGUCUUCGAGGCUGGAAAAGUGAUUGAAAACGACGGUCUCCUAUGUAAGUGCGUAAGCACAGGAAAUAUUAUAUGCCGUGUACCGCCUAAGACGUGUCAAUACUUUAACGGUAAGUUCGCGGUCGGAACAGUGAUUGAAGACAGAGGUUAUAUUUGCGAGUGCACUGAUUCAGGAGCUUUUACUUGCCAUCUUCGACCUGAAGUAUGUGUGCAUAAAAAUGCUUUGUACACGGUCGGAGCAUUAGUGAGUAAAGAUUCGUUUUCGGAAUGCCGAUGCUUUCCAAACGGAGUUAUAUCAUGCUGCGCGAAAUAUAAAUGUAUCAUGGACGGAAUACAAUACGGUGUCGGAAUCACAAUUGAGAAGCCUCAUAUGACUUGCCUCUGUCAGGAAUAUGGACUUGUGUGCACUCCUAGAAAGUAUAUGCCCAAUAUUGAGACGACCAGGAUACUGUCGUAAUGGAAUGAAUGCGGCCUGGUUAACAAAAAGUAAUAUUUCUUGGAGAAGGCAACAGGUCACAAGUAUAUUUGUAAACCAUAUCUUCUGCUUUUAUGAUAAAUAAAACGUGUGCGAACUUA